AUGGUAGUGGGGGCAUACUCACGACAAAUCACCAAGGAUAUGAACUUCCUUGUGGUAGAUUGUCCAUCCUUCUACAACGCCAUAAUUGGGAGACCAACUUUGAAUAGUUGGAAGGCCGUUACCUCUACUUACCACUUAUCAAUCAAGUUUCCAACAGAAUACGGGGUAAGGCAGGUACAAGGGGACCAACUGGCAGCAAGAGAAUGUUACCUGGCCAUGUUGGCCAUGGAUGAACAAGUUCAAGCCAUGAAUAUUGAAGAAAAGAAGGUUGUAGCAGAGCCUAUUGAAGCAUUGGAAGACAUUUCCUUAGAUGAAGAUAACCCUGAGAGGUGUACCAGGGUUGGAGCAGAUUUAGAAGAGAAGAUUAAAAAGGACCUCGUCCAGUUUUUGAAGAAAAACAUUGAUGUGUUUGCGUGGAGUCACGAGAAUAUGUCGGAUUUCACUGAUCUGAACAAGGCUUGCCCCAAGGAUAGUUAUCCCCUGCCGCACAUUGACCAGUUAGUAGACUCAACUGCAGGCCACAAAUUGCUUAGCUUCAUGGAUGCCUUUUCGGGAUACAAUCAGAUAAGGAUGGACGAGGCUGACCAAGAGAAGACAUCUUUUGUCACCAGUCAAGGCUUAUUCUGCUAUAAGGACGAGGGAAGGCAUCUAGACGACCUGCAGGAGACAUUUGACACACUGAGACAGGGAAUUGAAGCAAAUCCAGAUAAAAUUCAAGCAAUAUUGGACAUGAAGCCACCGCAAAAUACCAAGGAAAUCCAAUCCCUCACUGGACGAGUUGCCGCGCUUAACAGAUUUGUCUCUAAAGCUACUGAUAAAUGUUUGCCAUUUUUUAAGGUUCUCAAAAAAGCAUUCGAAUGGACCGAUGAGUGUCAGAGAGCUUUCGAAGAUUUGAAGGCAUACCUUACCAUGGCACCACUGCUGCGUCCAUCAGUGGAGGGAGAGGAAUUAUAUUUAUACCUAGCGGUAACCUCGCAUGCCGUGAGCUCAGCAUUGAUAAGAGAGGAAGAUAAAGUGCAAAGACCUGUGUACUAUACAAGCAAGGCAUUGAAAGGAGCGGAAGGACGGUAUCCACAAAUGAAGAAAUUAGCCUUCGCACUGAUCACCGCUUCUAGGAAGCUGAGGCAUUAUUUCCAAACACAUGUCAUUAAUGUCAUGACAGAUCAUCCGCUCAAGAAGGCAAUGAAUAGACCGGAAGCUGCAAGACGAUUAAUCCAGUGGGUUGUAGAGCUCAGUGAGUUUGAUAUUAGGUAUCAACCAAGGCAUGCCAUAAAAGCUCAAGCCCUAGCAGAUUUCAUUGCGGAGUUUACCCCAAGUCAUAAUGAGACAGAAGACAGUAAGAGAUGGGUCAUCCAUGUGGAUGGUUCGUCUACACGACAUGCAGGAGGAAUUGGUGUGGUCCUACAAUCCCCUAAAGGAGAUAAACCGAAACAUAAAGUCCGUCUACAGUACCAAGCAACUAACAAUGAAGUCGAAUAUGAAGCCCUCCUCAAAGGGCUAGAAUUGGCUAAGUUUGUGGAAGCCAAGUCCAUAUGUGUCAUGGGGGAUUCUCAACUGAUCAUGGGGCAAGUAAAUGGAAUGUAUGAAGCGAAGGAAGAACGAAUGAAGAAAUACCUUAGUAGGGUAAUGCGCCUUGUGAAAAGAUUUGAAAAAGCUGACUUCGUUCAAAUCCCAAGGGAGGAGAACGUCGAAGCUGAUACUAUAGCAAAAGAAGCCUCAGCAAAUGAAUCAAUAGACAAGUCAGAUGAAGUUCAAUAUAUGCCAAGUAUAGAUGUCCCGGAAGUACAACAGGUGGAUAACAGAGAAAAUUGGAUGACCCCCAUUAUAUCAUACUUGAAAGACGGACGACUACCAGAAGAGUAG